UAUUCUUCAUGUAUUAAACCACCACAUUACUCAUAAACUCAAACUCCGGCGCCGGCCAAUCAUGGGAUCAAUAGACAAUCCAAACAAUUGGUCACCAUAUAACUAUUUCCCAGAUUGUUCACAACCUAUUUGCACAUCCUACUGUCCCCAAUGGUGCUACAUAAUCUAUCCAACACCACCACCACCUUCUCCGGCGCCGGCCAAUUUCUCCCCACUCAUAAUCAUACUCAUCGGAAUCUUAAUCGGAGCUUUCUUCCUCGUGGGUUAUUACACAGUCAUUUCCAAAUACUGCAAAGGAACAAGUAUAAGAACAAGAUCAAACGACCCAGAUUCAAUCUCAUCUCCAAUUGAAAUAUCAAGUCCAUCUGGAGUUGAUGAUUCAAUCAUCAGAUCUAUUACAGUUUAUAAAUACGUUAAAGGAGAUGGGAUUGUUAAUGGAACAGAAUGUUCUGUUUGUUUGAGUGAAUUCGAGGAGAAACAGAGUUUAAGGAUUUUGCCUAAAUGUAGACAUGCAUUUCAUCUUCAUUGUAUUGAUACAUGGUUGAAAUCUCAAUCUAAUUGUCCUCUCUGUCGAUCGAUUGUUGUUCCUGGCGUUAACCCAAUUAUUGAUCAAUUUGAUCAGAACAGGCGGGAUUCUUCGAAUUUGAAUGUUUCGUCUCUUCAAGUGUUGCCUAUUAGGGAUCUUGUUUUGGUUGUGGAUGAGAGAGAGAGGGUUAUGGAUUAUAGAGUUGAAAAUGGAAUUAGAAGAUCUGUUUCAAUGAUGGGUGAAUCGUUUUCAUGUCAAUGGAAUGCCGGACAGCUUCUUGUUGCGGAUAUUUUGUUCAUGAAUGGUGGUGGUGGUGAUGAGGAGAUGGGUAUGGAGAUUCAAGAAGUAGAGAGAGAAACAAUGGAAGAACAGAGCAAUGGUACUAGGAUGAUGAGAGACAGAAUAAAUUCUUCUUGAUAAUAUUUCGUUUUGUGUAUAAUAUUGAAGUUGCUAUUGACUAAUGACUUGUUUGACUGUCGGGUUAAGUUAAAAAAAAUAUAGUGUUCAUUAUCUCAUUCUAAUGUAUUAUUUUUAAUUUUUUU